AUAUAUUGUUGCUACAACUUUCAGCCUUUUAAACCUAUAUCGUGGCACCCUUGCCAUUAGCCCCCACCUCUCCCGUGACCAUGGCCGUAUGGUUCUUUUACGAAUUUGUUUUACAUUUAUUCGUCACUGUGAGAGAGGUUUAUGCAGGGUCCAAGGCUCUGUAAAUGACAGUCUACUCCAAAAAGUUAAAUGGGUAUUGCCAAAUUGGCUCUUUUGCUCGCCAAAAAUAACAGUAAUCAUCUGCUGAAGUCUAUAGCAGCACCCUCUUAUGGAUAUCUCACAAGAACAAUUGCAACAAAUGCUGCAGAAGAAAACCCACCUAAUAAUAUACAGGAGGAAGGCUUAGGUGCCCGUUUGAGCUUUGUAGUACAGGCGUUGGAAAACAUACAGAAGCAAAAAACAGAUAAACUAGCUUCCCAUGAGAAGCUCAGGGCAUGGAGAGAACGACACACAGGCAUCCUUAGUAGUAGUGACAGUACUAGUAAUAAUACGAGUAUCGAGGGUUCCGUUGAAGGCCGUGUUCAAAUUGAAAAAGAUUUAACUGCAGCAGGUCAAGGCUUCGAUAACCAGUUGAUUGUUCCAGCUUCUUCUGGCGAAAUAGUUCACCCUUGGCCAGAGUGGAUUGACCUAAUAGAGCGCCUUGCUAAGCAGAGAUAUUUUGAUAAGACAAGAUUCAGAAAGGAGGAUGAGGAUUAUGAUAUUUUGGAGAAUCUCUCUGCUGGGGAAUGCAGUAGCAGUGUUAGUCAUAAGGAUGACGAAAAUUUGGCUGCUCUUAAUGGGGAUUUUGAUGUUUUUAAGGAUAUCAAUUCUGUUCGGAAAGCUUUCCUUGAUUUUGGCCGCGAUCGAUAUGACAUUCUUAGAUCUUUGUCUCGGAAGGAUAUUCAGAUCCUUGUAGGGUUUGGAUGUCCAAGUUUAGACAAAAAGGUGGUUCUCUCAGGAAAACGCUUGAGAGCAUAUGUUCACCUUGAUGAAGGAGAUGUGUGUAGCUCUUGUAAAUUAAGAAACUCUUGUGUGUCUGCCUACAUUUCUCCAUCUCAAGAGGACUUUGAGGCUCGCACAAUGGAUGUCACGCGGAUUUUAAUGAUUUAUGGGUUGGAUCCUCUAAUUAAUAAAGCGGAAAAUAAGCUACACAAGAAAAAGGCAGUGAAGACAGCUAUUUGCAGGUUGCUUAAAGAGAUUUUCAGAUUAAGUGCAAUACCACUUGAUCCAAACUUUCCGAAGCCAGUUUUUAAAAGGCCUCCUUCAAAGGUUAAGGAGCCCCAACCUCCACCAAGAAAAAGAGUGGGCCGUGAUGAUGUUGAAAUGAAGAAAGGGGAUUGGCUUUGUCUAAAGUGCGAUUUCUUGAACUUUGCAAAGAAUAAUGUUUGCCUGCAAUGUGAAGCAGAGCGUCCCAAAAGGCUAUUGAAUAUUGGGGAGUGGGAAUGCCCAGGGUGCAACUUCCUGAAUUACAGAAGAAACAUGACUUGUUAUAAUUGUGACCGAAAGCGCCCUGAGGAUGAGUACACCAAAAAUGUUGGAAAAGUUAGGGAUGAUAACAAUUUUCAGCAAUCUAGAUAUCCAAAUGCAAGGUUGGAACGGACUUUUAAUAUGACAAACUCUAUGAAAGCUUGGAAUGAUGACUUUGAUGACGAUGAGUCAGAUGGAGCAGAUGUUGCCGCCUUUGAAUAUGGAGAUAGUUCUAAAAGCAUGGAGGCUCCUCUUACUAAUGUGAGUGAAAAUAGAAGGGAUAGAUGCUAUGAUGAUGACUCUUUUGACUUUGAUAACUUACCCAUGCGUGGGAGAGAAAGAGUGAAGGGACAGAAAAAGAUGGAAGGUCGAAAGACAGAGCAGCAUGUUAAUGAUUGGAAAAUGGAUGUGAGGCUGGUGUCACCCAUCGAUAGGGUCAAGGCCUUUAAUGACUUUGGUGACUUUGAUGAAGAUGAGGAAGGAGAUGCCGAUCGCUCUAGCCUGAACAGAGUACAGAGUAGGUCAUAUAAGAGAGAAAACACAUCUGCUACUUAUUCUAGAAGAAAUGAGAGGGACUACGAUUCUGAUGAACAUUUGAAAGAUCAUAAAAGAAUGGACUCUAAGAGUUUUAGGAGACCAUUACAAAUAGGAAGUUCCAAAGAGAUCUAUGACAGUUCUGUUGAAGAAGAUGAUGAUGACUCAUUUGAAUCAGAAUCUGAUGAUGAGCCAAUGAAAUGGAAGAACAACAACAAAGGAAGAUCUGUGGGGAGGAGAGGAGGAGGAGCAUGGAACAAAACAGCAAAGGGAGAUUCUUUUGAAGCAGAUCCUUAUGAUUCUGAUGAUGAAGACCAACAUCUGUCAAGGAAAAGUCGGAACAGAGAUGAGGUUACAAAAUUUACUGGGAGGGAUGCAUCUGUUAAUUCUAGGGGAAGAAAGGGGUUUAGAGAUGAUUUUGAGCAUGACCAUGGUGCAAAAAGGAAUCUUGGGAAUGCUAAUGGACGUAAGGGAGUAGAAAGAAAUUGGAAUGAAGGAGGUCAGGACAGUUCUUCCAGAGAAAGGCAACAUAAUUCUAAUCGGGGCGAGACAAUGUUUGGUCCUAGAGUGGGUGGAUUAAACAGUGAUACUGGCUAUGAGGAUGAACGUCGUAAUCAAAGAAACUAUGGGAAGAAUGAUGGAUUUAUAGGGUCAAGGGGGAAACAAAAUAGCCAUAGUAGAAAUAGACAUGACUUUUCUAAAGAAAGUCCAAGAUCUGGUAGGGAAUCAUCACAUGGGUCUAGAAGAGGAAGGAUGCAAAAUAACUAUGACUUUGAUGAACCUGACAAGGAAAGGUAUAACGGGAGGACUAAUGAAUCUCAAAGGAAAGGGAAAAGUGGGAUGGGUCAACGGAAAAUAAGGGGUAAAUUUUAAGUGAGCAUUGUGUAUUUUUUUAAAAUUAUUUUGGUUUGAUCCAAGGGUAACUAUGGUUAUUUAUUGAAGAGGAUCGUUGUAAGUCCCUUCUUUGUACCAUAUCUCAUUUCAAGAAAAGGCUUAGAGGUUUGUAUCUGCUUUGACGAGUUCCAUUGAGGACCUUAAGUAGGUCCGAGGGAAAAAAAGCUUUGAAUUUUGUACCUUCUUUAAUGAUUCCUAGGCCUUUUAUUUC